AAAAUUUUUCAGUUUCUACUUUGCAUGCUUUAAUAAAGGUGCAGGAGGCCUUUUUUUUAAUCAGAAAAGAUACAGGAGGCCAUUAUUUGCUACUAGUAUUGUAAAAGGAAGAACAGGACUGGUCUUCUAAUGAAAGACAGACUGAAGUAAUUGUGUUAGGGUUUCUGGGUUCUAUACUGUUAUUAUCCUGCAACUGGGCUUAGUGGUUCAAAAUGAGUUUGUCCAAUAGCUGGAAGGAUCUUAGUGUGAUUCACGGUUUUUUGGCUAAGAUGUCUUUACUGUUUAUGGGAUCAUGUUCUGUUUGAUACGAUCAUUUUUUGGAAAUGUUUGACAGGACUUUGACAUCUCUCAUGGGUCUGUGCUGUAUAAUAUUGAUGAACAAACUAUUUGAAGUCUUAAUGGGUGCAGGGUUGCAGAUCAAAUCCUUAAACUCGUUCCAAAUGUUGAGCAUUUCCGGACAACACUCAGAUGUUUGAAGUUUUGGACUAAAAGGUGUGGCAUAUAUUCAAAUGUAACUGGAUUCUUAGGAGGUGUUAAUUGGGCUCUCUUGGUAGCACAUGUCUGCCAGCUCUAUCCCAACGCAAUCCCCAGUAUGCUGGUUUCUCAAUUUUUCAGAGUGUAUACACUGUGGCAGUGGCCAAACCCUCGGAAGAAUCCUCAUGACCGGUUGCAUCAUAUGCCUAUAAUAACUCCUGCAUACCCAUGUAUGAAUUGUAGUUAUAAUGUUUCUUUAAGCACUCUUUGUGUUAUGAUGGACCAGUUCAAAUGUGGUAACAGGAUAUGUCAGGAGAUUGAGCUGAACAAAGCACAGUGCAGUGCUUUAUUUGAGCCAUAUCUUUUCUUUGAGGCAUACAAAAACUAUCUACAAGUUGACAUAGUUGCAUCAGAUGCUAAUGAUUUGCUGAUAUGGAAAGGCUGGCUGGAGUCACGGCUUAGACAGCUUACUUUGAAGAUAGAGCAGGGUAGAAAUGGAAUGUUGCAGUGUCAUCCCUAUCCAAACGAGAAUGCAGAUGCAUCUAAGCAGUUCCCACAUUGUGCUUUCUUCAUGGGUUUGCAGAGGAAAGAGGGACUGAGUGGUCGGGAAGGUCAACAAUUUGAUAUAUGUGGAAUGGUUGAAGAGCUUAGGCAAGAGAUACAUGCAUACACGUUCUGGAAACCGGGAAUGGAAAUUUUCGUUUCCCAUGUUUGGAGGAAGCAGCUUCCUGCCUUUGUUUUUUGUGAUGGGUAUAAACGGUCUCGAUCAUCUAGGCCUCUAAGCCAGCAGGCUGGAAGAAUCUCUGAAGAUUUUUCACAGUCUCAGCCUGGUUCUGCAGAGAGACAAAUUAAGAGAAAGCAUGAUGACAGAUUAGAAGAUCCUAAACUAGAGAAGUGGGUCUCUCUGGGGGCUAAUUCUCCAGAACGUAGUACAAAUGGGUGUGGUGGAAGAUCUCAUACUAGCUUUGGUGAAGCAACUAAACUAGAUGGCUCAAUGAAUGGGGAUGUUGGUGGCAAUUCCAUGGUUGGAUCGUUAACCAAGCAGGUAGACAACGGAAAGAGAACUUUGGAGAUUACCAACCAACAGAGAAAAACUUUUGAGUACAAUCCUGUCACCUCAAACGAGAGGACUUCUUUAGAUGUAUAUGAUUUUUCAUUAGUUAGGAAUGAUGUGGCCUUGGCUGAACAGGCUGCUGAAACCAUUCCAAGACAUGAGCUUCUUGCUUCAUGUGAAGUUCCCAAUUCUGAAGUCCAAGAAACAUGCAAGAGUGGACUGAAUCAGGAUAAAAUUGUGGAUUUGGCAUCGUCUUACAGGGGAAAGCUUAAACUGGAAAGAGACUCUUGUGGAGGUUGAUCAAGAGGUAGUCAAACCUUAUAAUCAGACAGCUGUGGUAGAAAUUGCUGAAAGUGUAUUUAGGUCAACUUCCAAUUCUCAGAACCUCAAUUGUGAGGUGAGUUUCUCUGUUUGAGGAUUUUGGGUUAAAAGAUUUGUACCAGAUGACAGUGAGAAUUCUGGAAGUUUGAGCUUGUGAGAGUCAGGGAUCUUUGCAGGCUGGCAUAUGCAGUGCAGAUUUGGAUUCACUUCUGGAAAAUGGACAUCUCAAUGCAAGUGGUGUAUUUCAAAAUGAUCUGAUCAAAGAAUUGGAGGUUUGAAGUCCAACCUCAGAACUCAUGCUGGUUAAUAUUUUUCUAAAUUUCUGCUUCUCAUACUGUUGGGUUUUCCUUUGUCUUGUUAGUACCUUCUUUCCUGUAUUGUGGGUCACUGUUGAUCGGAUCAAUUCUUUAUAUUUAUAUUUCUGGCACUUCAAAGGGUCAGGACUCAACAUUUAACGGGGCAAUGGAGUGAGAUCUCGGAAUCAAAUGACUUUGAGCAUGUUGUGACUUUCUCCCCUUUACUUUUUCCCUGAAAAAUUUUCCCAUCUUUUAUGGAAUCAGUGCAACCUUUUGUAACUUAAUCUUCCUUGAUUUUUUAAUAUGCUAAUAUAGUUUGUACAGUCAAUAUCCUAACUGGUGCAUAUGUGGUGACAGGUCUUGCACCACUAUACGUGCUAUGUUUCCAAUAACUGUGCUUAAGAACCUGACUCUAUUUUGUGUCUAACGUCAGAUACUUGACCCUCCCUCUUAUUUUCUUUUGAUUGGUAUGUUGUUCAGAACCUAACUUUUCUUGUAACUUUUGUUGUAUAGCCAAAUAUUACACUUGGGAAGGUUGUAAAAUCUCAAGAUCAAGCGAGGUCAGAAACUUUGCAAUAGCCAGUGAUAAGGCAUGCGUUUUUGAAACCUCCAUUUUGUAUAUGCAAAUUAUGAUCUCUUUACGCUGUUUGUUUGGUUUGUGUGAUUCCUUUUA